UAAGCCGCGUUAGGGGAUCGGGACGUGGGAUCUUGACAACAACAUAAACAGUGACACGUUGCAAGUCCCGAGGGUUGGCCAGUCAGCGACUUGCAAAGGGAUUUUUGGGGCACCACCGCGGCCAAAACAACACACGGGAGGCACAGUUUAGUAGAUGGCAGUGUGUAGCAAUGCAAGGGAGUGUGUGGGCAACAGGCCGCCAUUGGUGGUGUUCACAGCAAGCAUUGCCGUGUUUGCUGUAGCAUUAGUUGGUGUGUCUCUCUACCUUCAGAGCCACAAGACUCAUAUUCUAAAUCCAGACAUAAAGGAUUGGAACAGCUUCUUCACAACCUUAUCUGGUAUGGAGAUCUGCUUCCCCAAUAAGGACACCCAACCUGGGUCUGCCCAUAUCAUGAAGCGAGAGGUACUUGAGUCUGAAGACCCAGCCACCACCACUUCUCUGCCUGAAACUAACUCAACUGAUGUAGAGAACAAUGUUACCCUGAGUGUGUUGGCAGAUGUGCAUGUGGAGAAAGCUGGUGUGACGCUCUUUGGGGUAAAUCUCCACUCUUCCCUCCCUGCCAGACAUCUCGGCUUUAACAGAGAUCCCAGUGCUUUAGAAAUGACCAUAUCAUUGGUGCCCAAGAGUGCCAAGAACUGGACAGCUUGCAUAAUGAUGUCUGGCCCAGCUCAUUUACUGCCAGACUCCCCAAUCAGGCCUGUGAACUGUUCAGUACAUCAGAGCCCUGAGCCACCUGUUGAGGUGGAGCUGGCCAAGCCAUGGCUGGUACAGGAGAGUUUUGGAUGGUGCAGCAAUGGAGUGAGUGGCAACCUCCUAGUGGCUCCUCAACAUGAACUUAGUGUCUAUCUCUCAGAGGGUGAUGUGACGUUGAUCCAGAUUCACAUCCUAUACACCACCUGUCUGCUGUUUGUUAUGAUGUUGUUCUUGCUCUUCUACCUGGGUUGUGGCAAGCGCUGGAUCUUCAGGAGUAAGAUAGUUGUACAGUCACCAGACAAGGUACCAUUGCAUCCUUAGUUUGUGGUGCACUGUAAAGGCAGUGGCAAUUGUGAUCAUAGCAGCAGCAGCAGCAGCAGCAGCAGCAGCAGCAGAAGUGGUACCAGUGGUAGAAGCUGCUAUGGUCUGUCCAUGGUCCAUCCCUAAAGCUAAGGCUGAGUAUAUACCAGUGUGAAUAUAGGUUAUUUUAUUUAUUGUUCAUUCAACACCAAAACCACAAGUAUUUGUAUAUGAAUUUGGUUGAUGUAUAAUUAAAUGUAAAUAUGUCAUAUUUCACAAUACACUCCACUAGGUGCAUAAUAUUGACAUGUGAUGGACAGCGUAGCAGCCUGUCUACCCACAUAUUUGUUGGUAUAUGCAUUAGUUUGAAAGAAGGUCAUGAGAGCUGAGAGCAUCCACAGCUUUAAAUUAAAUCAGAUAAUAGUGUGUAUGGAGACAGGACAGUUCAAACAUAGCUCAUUUCCUGGAUGCUACAAACAGGUAAAUACACUCAAUUCUUGCAUUAGUUUAUGGAUUAUUAUUAUGGAUUUGUCAGGCAUUCCUAUUCUGUACUGCCACAUAAGUUUUCAUGAUUUUAUGAAUCUCCAUGCAAGCAUUCUCUCUCUCUCUCUCUCUCUCUCUCUCUCUCUCUCUCUCUCUCUCUCUCUCUCUCUCUCUCUCUCUCUCUCUCUCUCUCUCUCUCUCUCUCUCUCUCUCUCUCUCUCUCUCUCUCUCUCUCUCACUCUCUCUCCAUACUUCAGUUUAGUGCCUUAUUCAAAUAAACUUAGAGGUUUGUGCAACUUGGAAUGUUACUAGACAUCUGAUUUGCUUUUAGCUCUUAAAUUUACCCCUUACUUAACUGAAUAAGGCAGAAUGUUUUAAGAGUAACACUUAGUUCACAAGCAGAACACAAUUAGACUCAGGUUACAGUUCAUGAGAAGACAGUGCACAUUGGCCCCCAGUGCAUGCAAUGCAGCAGUGCAAAGAAAAAUCUACAUGUGGAAUUUUAUGAGGUGCAAAUGCUUAAGACCAUAUCAUGUAUGAGUGUCUCUCUUAAUGCAAAAAUAUACAUAAACAACAAUCAUGUCGGGCAUUUUUACUAGUGAAAUUAAAAGUACUAAUUGAAAAUAUUCAUCUAUACUUUUGUUUUCUUUUGGUGGUUUUUAAUUUCUCAUGUAAUCUUUAUCUUACUGAUUUACAUUUUUCCUUUAUGAAGUUGUAGCAUUUUAGUAUUCUGUAUGUUUUAAUUUAAUAUUGAUACUCAGCACUCUUUGUUGUUUUCAGUUAUUGUUAUUUGUGCUGUAUUUUGAAUCUGUAUUUUAUAUUCACUGUUCUAGCUUAAGUAAGUCCCAGUAGCUGUUUUCAGACAGUCAGUCAAUCACAAGUUAUUACAGUGAAGGAGAAACACUACAUCACACCAACCACAUGUCCAACAAGAAUGUAGGUUUACUGUUACUUUAGUUAUGCAUAUACUUCUCACAUUCCACAUGUAUUUGUCCAAGACCCCACUGUGAUUGCUAUUGCUAUUGCUAUUCAUGUAGAAUCAAUAAUUGUAGAUUUUAAUUGAAGUUUCAGAAAACGAAUAAAUUGUUCUGAAUGAACUUCUAAAUUUUAUAAAUCAAAAGAAUAUUCAUCUUUGAUGUACCUCACAGUUAAUAACUAAGUGAAGAAAGAUACCAUGCUUGUUUUGGUAGUUUUGACAUAAGAAUUCAAGAGCACAUUGCCAGCAUUCCUAGUCAUUUACAGUUUUGUUCAUGAUAGUCAUGCAGCAAGAUGUGGAUUGUAGACAACUACCACUAUAUUCCUUGCCCUUUGUAAAAGUCAGCUGAAGGGAAUUUAGCCAAGAGAUAGUGGCUUAUUUCUGUAUUUAUAUUCCUACUUUGUGAUGAGAUGAGGCAUGUCCUCUGCUUUGCUACACCUUUUAAGGGGGAUCUCAGCCUAGUGUACAGAUAAACAUCUAGAUUUAGAUAAGUGUAGCAGGUUAAGUUGAAGUCAGUUUUGGAAAUGAGAGAACUAGGUGGAAUAUUCUGUUGUAGCACUGUAUCAGUUUAUAUAUAUAUAUAUAUAUAUAUAUAUAUAUAUAUAUAUAUAUAUAUAUAUAUAUAUAUAUAUAUAUAUAUAUAUAUAUAUAUAUAUAUAUAUAUAUAUAUAUAUAGAUCUAUUAUCUGUAUAUCUACAUCCUCAUUUCCAUAACAGAGAAGUCUUCAUCUUUACCUGCUCCAGCAAUACCUCAUUGUUUGGUCAAAGCCUCACCAGUCACCUCUCUCCUUUUAGUGUUAAUCCACUCUUUAUUCAUUUUACUGAUGUUCUCCAUCUCACAUUUUGCCAUUUAGUCUCAACCUUGUAAUUUCUCAUAGACUCAUUCCCAUUCAUUGUUAUCACUCAUCCAAACCAUUUCAAUGUGCAACACUGCUCACUCAGUCACUCCACAAUUUAUUCCCUUCACUGUUUCACCAAAUUUGUCACACAUCCAUAUUGCUCUCUCAAUCACCCUCAGUGCACAUGCUGACAACUGUUAUGCUGCAUUUCAUGUCGGCUUUAGGUUUGGUUUGGGAUUCUUUUGCUGAAUCCUUAAAAUAACAAUUUUACUUGAAAAUUCUUCACUGUUUAAUACACACUGUCAUUGCAAUAAAAUACCAUGUUGAAUAAGUUUGUCUUAUUUGUGGAGAUGGUUAUCAGUUUAACUAAUUUUCUGAUUUAUUUAUACAAAAGCUAGUAAUCAGUACUUCAUUUAUACUCUGCACAUGGAAUGAAGCAGCAAUGUUAUCCAACUCAAGACCUGUUUCCAUGUUCCUAAUUGUUUCAUUCAGUGAAUCAUAAGGAUCUGCAAUGGCAUUGCAUUAUAAGAAUGAAGCUUAAAUUAGGUAAGUGUAAACAUAAAAUUAAUAUACAUACUUUCUCAGUCCAAAAUUUUACACAUAUUGGCAUAUUUGCAUCCCGAUAUUAAAAUGUGAUAAGGAAGUGAAAAUGCAAAGUAAAGUGUGCUUCCUUAUAUGUUAGAUAAUUUUAUUAAGAGAGGCAAUCAUGUUUCCUAGAAUGAAGAUAUGGUCUUAUCCCUUUUAUUAACACCUGGAGAACAUUUUUCUGUAUAUGUAGGACUAUUUUACUGUAUGAUAACUAUGCUGUACAUAAUAUUUUAUGGUUAAAACCAGUGUUUGAAUUUCAUUUCAUUGGCUAUUAUUUUUGUAUAUAAGUUUCCUGUAUUGUACCUCAGUAUUCUGCAAUGCUUCCUGUGUGAGAGAUUCAGCCUGACCACACAUUUCACAGCUGAAAGAAUAAGAAUACUGUCAUCUUCUGUCCUGGUGCUGCAAAAGGCAACUGCGAAUUCCUCCUAUUUUAAUUCCUACAAUGAGACAAGGCACGAUGUCUUAGCUGCCUCCUAUUUGGCAAGAUAUAAAUCAAGAAUAUUAGUAGCUUUGUUUAGUAUUAUCUUUUCCUAUCUAUAACUUUAAUCUUUCAAGUCCCAUGUAUGUUGUAUUUGAUAUCAGUAAUUCAUUGCUGUGUGGUUUAGUUUAGAGUGUGAUUUGGUACCAACAGUGCACACUAACAGCAGUCACCUUCAGUGAAAUUAAACUGUGGAUGUUGAUAUGUAAAAUACCCUGUUCUGUGAAGCUGUACCAGUAGUUUGCAUUGGUCAUCAUAACCUGUGGAUACUAAUUUAGGCUGAAGGAUCUGGUCAUGUAAAAGCUACCUAGAAGGUCUCUCUCUCUCUCUCUCUCUCUCUCUCUCUCUCUCUCUCUCUCUCUCUCUCUCUCUCUCUCUCUCUCUCUCUCUCUCUCUCUCUCUCUCUCUCUCUCUCUCUCUCUCUCUCUCUCUCUCUCUCUCUCUCUCUCUCUCUCUCUCUCUCUCUCUCUCUCUCUCUCUCUCUCUCUCUCUCUCUCUCUCUCUCUCUCUCUCACACACACAAAAAAAAAAAAAACAUGAACAGGAUUCAGUUAUAUUUAAGAAACCAAGGAAAAACUUGCAAAACCUCAUUGCUAUAGUACAUGCAUUGAAUUUGUCAAAGGCUUUAAGAAUGUGAAGUGUACCCACCAUGGGAUCAGGUCAGAGUCGUUAAUUUAGUGAAGGUGAUAGAUAGGCUAAGCAUUGCACUUAAUCAGGUCAGGUGGUAUAUCAAGCUAAACUUGGAACACUCUGCCUGUCAUUUAUCCCUUAAACGCAGAACAGUCUGCCUGUCAUUUAUCCCUAUACAAUUAUAAUGAGUAGUUAUUUUUGUAUGUUGGUGCACAAUCUGGUACAUAAUGUUUUUAUCUCCUUGCAUGUUAUCAAUUAUUCAAAGUGUGUAGCUUACACAGAAUCAUUUGGACUCCCACAUCAUUCAUUCAUGUAUUUUCAUUUAAAAAUUCAAUUGAAGUUGAGUUGUGUUGCAUCAUCAGGGAGGAUAACCAAGAUUUCUCUUUAUUGUUUUCAUGUCAGUCGUGUCUUUCAGGAUUGGAUGAUGUACAUCUUCCAAACUUGUUUACUUGAUCUGACACUCAUACUUAGCUAGAUAUGGAAUGCCAUGGGCCAAUGCUGGCGAUGCUUGUGACAUGACUGUUCUGACUGCAAGCGAUGAUAUACUGUUAUACACAUUCUCUUCCAAGGGGAGCAGUGCAGUCAAGUGGCAGCAUGCCCUUGUUGCCCGGAGUGACCCACAAGUACUCAGGAUGUGCAUGCAUCAGCUGAGCUAUGUUUGAAAAAAAUUGCUGGGCCAGCAACAGGCAGGAUACAUGAGUGACAAUUGCAUACAUUGCGAGAGUAGUGUCGCAUCCAGUGUAAACACCUUUAUUUAAAAACCACUAUCAGUUGGAAGCCACAUGGUUUUGCAUCAUGUGCAUCCCACAUCUAGCAUAGCAUUGCAGCAUGAACCCCACCUUUAAGGUAUUAAUGUUUAUAUGCAGAAAACACAUGAAUACUGUUAAUAGUCCAGCAAGCUCAGGUAAAUGAGGUUUAAGCUGGCUGCCCUUUAGAAUUGAGGGAUGAAGGACUAUACUAAUUUAUGUAGAUUGGUGAAUUAAUUUGAUUCUCUUUUUCAUAAAAAACAUUUCAUGGUGUCAAUAAUAUUCUUAUGCACAAUUAUGUGAAGCAAUGUAAAUUUAUCCAAGUUAUUGGGUACUCAAGAGGUGCCAGUGUUUCUAUUCAAGUUUUGUCAGUUUCAGAGUUCCUCUUUGUCACACUCCAUACACUGUGAUCUGUGACUGGCAGCUGAACCUCUGAGGCACAGUGAUGUAUUACUUCCUAAACUGUGCAUGAUUAAUUGCACAAAUUAAAAUUUUGUCAAUAUUUCCCAUGAAAAUCUUUCCAGACAAGCCUCCUGUUGAACAAAGUCACCUUAACCAUUUACUUGUGCUUGGUAUUAUUGUCAGAGGACAUUUACCAGAAUGCCUGUCAUCAUUGCAUUUCAGUGAUUUUAGCCACAGAAUUUGUGCCUAACAUCAAUAGUGCUACAUGUGGUUAUGAUUGGUCUGUAUGGUCUAAGUAAUCUGGUUAAACUGCACAAAAAUACUUACUAUCUUAUUUGAUUUAUAAUUGACUGUAAAGAUAAGUAAAUGUAAUAUAUUCAUAGAAUUUGGCCAUGCAAGGAAGCCUGUAUACAUUUCCUGAGGGCCCUGUAGAAACUGUUGUGAACAAAAAUUGUCAUAGACAAAAUGUCAGCUUGUAAGAUGUUUCCAUUGCCUUUUCAUCUUUAAAGCAUUGCCUCAUUUCAAUUAUAGUCUGUGAUUCCAGUGCCUUGUGUACAUAACAUAUAGUUUAAUAUUUAUUCUGUGAUGUUCCAUAAUGUAUAAUGGCUUAAGUACAGAUAUCUAUAGUUAA